UUGAAAUUUUUGUUCCCUUCACAGAGGAUCAGGCGGGAGACGGUUUUUAACGCCUAGCUUCAUUUACAGCGACAGAAAAACAUCAAAUAUCACUCCGUGAAUUUUUUAAACUAUAUUUUCUUUUAGUUGAAUGUCUUAUUUAUCGUUUUAAUUAGUUUUUUGAUGAGUUUUUGCGUCAAAUAGCUGCGUUGGACAAAAGAUGAGCCUGCUUCUGUCUGAGCGGCUUGUUGAUCUUCCUGCUGAGAUCCCCCAGGCAGAGAGUGAUUCAGACAGCGGAGUGGGUUCACCCAUGGAGGAGGCCGUGACCGACGCCGCUCCUGCUGAGGUUCAUGCUGAAGAAGCUCAAGAUUCAGACGACGACAUUGUCGUCAGUCGGAAGCCUCGCUCGCGGAAGGUUCUGCAGGACAGCGACAGUGAGAAGGAGGAAGACCGAGAUGGGAUGGCCGAGGCUCUGGUGCUGUCAGAAUCCAGCGGCGAGGGGACGAAGGCCAGUGAAGGCGAGCAACCGAAAAAGAGACGGGGAAAGAAGAUCUCCCGCAUAGCCGCGGCUAGUGACGAAAGCGAGGGAGAGACGGACGAGACCAGAAAGAGGGAGAAGUCAUGGCGACACAAAGAGAAGGAGAAGCGCAGAGGGGAUCUGGUGAAACAACUAAAGGAGAAGAUAAGAACUCCUGAAGAAUUCGCUUUGCCCAAGGUAUUCAAUGACAGUGGGUGUCUGCUGGGUGAUAAUGACCUGUUCGAUGCCCAGCUUGAAGAGGACGACCUGACGGAGGUGGUGAUAGAGGAAGAGGAGUCUCUGGACGCCAUCAGAGCUGCUGUGAAAAAGAAGGCCAAGAACAAGCCCCUUUUAGACGACUCUGACGAGGAUGAAGAGCAGGAAGGAAAAUCUCCGCGCAAGGAGAGGAAAGCAGCUCGUGCGAGUAAGGAGGCAAUGAAACAGCUCCAUAGUGAAAGCCAGAGAAUUGUACGAGAGUCCACAAUAGGGCUACCAUACCAUAUGCCAGAGCCCAAGGGCAUCGACCAGUUCUUCAAGAGGAGACCUCGUCCUGACAAGCCAGCUAUGGCGUUACUGAAAUCUGCCAAAUACAAGGACUGUAUUGGAGAAGCGUCUUCAGCAUCCUCCACAAAUCAGUCUGAGGCACCAGAACCGAACUCGGACCCACACACUGAUCAGAAUGAACUGAAUUCGUUGGGUGUCUCCUGCACCCAACAUGACGGUGAUGCAAAUGAACACAAUGCACAAUCUGCUGCUUCUGCUGAGGACCAGUCAGGGGCUGCAGGCAUUGAGCUAAAAAACCCAGAGGUCAUGGAGGAAGAUGGUGCUCUUCCUUCUGUGGGCGUGUCUGAGAGUGAUAAAUCUCCUAAAGAGGAUCGUGUUAUGUCACCGGUUGAGCAGAGUAAGUCCGUGAUGGAGCAGUCAGAACAGGGAAGCUCUGCUCUCAUUGAGAAAGGACCAGUAGGGCCCAAACCCAAGAAAGAUAAACUGGCCCGGUUGCGCGAGCUUGGUUUGGAGCCUCCUCCUGUAGCGAAGCUGUGUGCCGACGAGGGAGCUUUUAUCCAGCUGGAGCCGCAGCAGGCUAACCCUGGUCUAGAGGCUUUAAAAGAACGGUUUCUGAGGCAUGUCCAGUCUGCUCCACGGCCUAAAGGAGAACGAUCAAUUAACGUAAAUGUGGUGAGAAAGGACAGCAAUUUGUCUGGACAGGAGGAGCUGCAUGCCGAAUCCAUCACUGUCACAGUCAAUGAGGAGGAAGAGGAGGCUACACACACUAAGCCAGGAGAAAAGCUGGUUCUGCUAAAGUCUCGCCUGCAGCAGGCUAUGGCUAUCCGCCGGAAGGAAGAACGAGAGCGCCGAGCCGCCCUUCAUCGUCUGGACAAUGAAGACUGUGAGGAGGAGGAAGAGGAGGAAGAAAUGACAGAGUCUGAGGAAGAAGAGGGUAUUGAUGAUUUGCUGGGUGAUGGGGAAGAAGCCAACGAAGCAGAAAAUGAAGAAGUAGAGGCAGAGGAGGCUGAAAGCGGCAAUACGUCUAAACGAAGCGCUUCUCCUGCUUUUAAAAGUCCGUCUCCUACUCCAUACACUGAUGGCACACUGAUGCUGUUUGCAGGCAGCUCAUGCUCCAGAACAGGGGAUGGUGUUAGGCAGUCGGGGCAAGGCAACCUGGAGAAUGACGGCAAAAUGGAAGAUGAGGAUGGCCUUUCCUUAAAGGACAACAGCCAUAACAGCAGCUUUGAACUGACAAGCUCCACACUCCCGUCAUAUCAGCCGGUGAGCCGCGCCGCAGGCAAAGGUCUUUCAACAGCCGUGUUCCGCUCACCGUCGCCCUGCUUCUUCAGACCAAGUUUCCUCGGCUCAGCCUCCAAGAGCUCUGGUAAGCUGUCCGAGCCAUCCCUUACCCUCCCUGUAGAGGACUCGCAGGACCUAUACGGUGUUCCCUCUCCUGAAAUUGCAGACUCUCAAGGCCCCUUCUCGCAGGAGGAGGACACGCAGUCACAGCUGCUGGACGCAGAUGGCUUCUUGAACGUGGGGCCCCGGGGUGGCCAGAGCCGCUCCCACAAACGCCAGCUGCUUUUAGACAACCUGGAUGAAAACGCCAUGGAUGCCAACAUGGGUGAAUUACUAGGGUUCUGCUCAGGUGGCUUCGGUUCAGCGGAGCAGAGUAAGCCAGCAGGUGAGGACGAGCUGCUGGGUUUGUGCUCUGGAGUGUUUUCCACCCAGUCUGUAGAAACCACCAAGGCCAAAAAGGAAACCGAGGCAUUAGAGACGGAACACGUGGUUGAGGAGAGUCACGGAAGCUCGGACGCAGACAUGGACCAGCUGCUUUCUCUCUGCUCGGGAAAGUUCACAGGCACUCCUGCUACGUCUCCAGGGAGACCAGGCACAAGCCUCUCUAUUGAAGAAGAUUCCAACAGUAAGAGCAAGGUGGUGGAGGAGGAAGAAGGAGAAGAAGAGGAAGACAACUGUGAGUUUCGGCUUUUGUCGGAUGUCGAUAGCAACAGUGAGAAGGAGGAGGGUAAAGAAGAAUCAGAUGUUGAAGGAGAGAUGAAUGAUGAGGAGCAGGAGGAGAGGGAGGCAGUGUUUGGGCGCCAUCCAGGGAAAAAGAUACGCAUGACUGACUUUGUGGAGUCUGAGGCCGAGUUGUCGGGCAGUGAUGUAGGCAGCGAGGAUGAAGAUGACGAGGGAGGCGAUGAGUACGAAGAAGAUGAGCUCCAGGAGCAGCUCCCGUCAGACGAUGAACUGAUGGACCAAGUUAACAAAAUUCACAUGAAGCAUGUCCUUGAUGAGGAUAAGCGCAAGUUGCGCUUGUAUCAGGAGCGUUACCUAGCUGAUGGAGAUCUGCAUUCAGAUGGACCCGGGCGAGAGCGCCGCUUCCGCUGGAAGGACAUUGAUGAUGGCUUUGAGCUCGGGAUUGGUGCUAAGGGCGAAGAGGAAGAGGAGGAAGAUGACGUGGAUCAGCAAGAGCUGCAGAGACACAAGGAAAGACUGGAGAGAGAACAGUGGUUACGAGAGCAGUCUGAAACAUCGAAGAAAGGAAAAGAAGUGGAAGAGGAGGAGGAGGAGGAGGACAAGAUUGGAGAGGAGGACAGUCAAUUUAUGAAGCUGGCUAAGAAACUAACCGCUAAGGCACUUCAGAAGAAAGAGACCUCUUCAGUGCCUGUGCAAGAGAAGCCAGUCUCUAACGCCAGCCCUUUUUUGAAACCCUCUAAGCCUGUAGUGAAGAGAGGAUCUUUGCUUAGUCAGCCCCGGGCAGUGCUUCAGAAACUCGCCAACAUCUCAGAGGGCAACCCUCUAGCUCCACGUAACACACGAGGAUUCCUCUUCCAGACUUUAUCUCCAGAAAAGGAGACGCCUACAUCUGACAACCCAAAGAAACAGAUUAAGAAAAGAGCCCAGACGGACACUUUGGCACCUGCUGCGAAGCGGCCGUGUCGAGAAAACUCUGUGAAAUCCGCUGGACCUCCAAGAAGUAUUUUCAGUUUUUUCGAGAACUGAACCCGUUUCGAAGCUUUGACCUCUCUUGCGUCCUCUGUCGAGCCAGUGUCUUAGCUUUAACUAAGUCUCUUGGUUACUGGAUUUUCUCAUGUUUGGCAAGCUUGCCGGUAUAUUUUGGGGUUUGUGAUCCAGCGUGUGCAUUUGUUUUAUGAUGUAAAUAUUGUGAUUUUUGUAUUUCUGUAUUUUUAUUUGUAAAAUUUAUAAAUUAAAAGUUUAUUUUAAACAUG